UAUACUUAUUUAUUUAUCUUUUAUUCAGCCCUGGUCCACCGAUGCAGGGUAAUCCAAAUAACUACAGUGGAGGAGUAACAGUGUCUGCUGUUCCUAGCAUGGUAAAAAAUGAUCCGACGUCUACUUCAAGCAAUGUGUGUAAGCUGAUUGCCCCGCAGGUGAAACCCCAGCAGCAAGCUGUUAUGUCCUCUGGUCCAUCACCUAUUGGGCAUCCUGGGCCACUUUCACCACCUCCCUUCAACUCAUCUAGUGCACAGCCUGGACAUAUCAACUAUCAGCCAACAGCAGCACAGUUCAGCAGCAUUUCUGCCAUUCCAUCACCACCUACAGUAUUGUAUAACUCUUCACAACAGAUUCCAACCCAGGGUGGACUGUAUGGUGCAUUCCAGAUUGAUGGCACACAGGUUCUUAGUGGGCAAGCCAGGUCACAAUUUUCGCAGUUCCCCCCAUAUUCCCUGUCACAAGGACUUGGGCAGACAUCUGCUUUUAAUCAACAGUCAUUGUACUUGCAAACAGCUCCUCAUCCUCCACCCAGUGCUGCACCAGACAUGUAUCCAUCAACAAUCUCUCAGUUCCGCAUUCAGGCUCCUCAAGGACCAUUUGGCCAAUCACAGCAACUGAGUAACAACCCUAGCACAGUUCUUAUUUCUUCCACAUCCAAUUCCUUGAUGUCAGCUAGUGUAAAGCCUUCAUCACAGCAGAUUGGAGCAAUUGGCACCAAAGGUGGUGGUCCAUAUCAGCAGAGUGCUUUGCCCUCUGCCCCUCAACCUUCUCAGUUGUACAUCCAGUAUGACCCCGGUCAGGUCUUGAAUGUGAAUCAGAACUACUUGUCAAGUUCCCAGAUGGUACAGCGACCAGGCCCCGUGCAAAGUAAUGUAGUGCCUACAAUUACGCCAUCAUCAUCAUUUUACUCAGGUUCUGCUGCAAACUCAUGCCAGAACCCUGUGGUAGUGUCUGAUGUCUUGAGGGGUCUAAUUCCAGGGACCCAGACAGGUUUCUACCAGCAAACAAAUUCGACAUUACAAGCCGUGCAGCAGCCAGUACCAUCAGCCCAACAGCUUCAUCAAACAGGUUCCCCUUAUAAUCUACAGGGCUAUGGCACUCAGUCAGGUGGUGCCACACCUGUUGGUCUCCAGAACUUUGGUUCACAGUUUUCUCUUCUGCAGAUGGCACAGCAGUACCGUAGCACUGGACUUCCUGGUCCAACAUUCCUGAAAUCAGGUGGCCAACUUCCAUCUGAUCACAAUGCUGUUUCUAAUGGUAGGGCACAGUUGAAGUCGCCCUCCGCCAAUCAGCAGGAUGUUUUAGCGUCAGUAUUCUGUUCAGCUCCCCAAAUCCCAUCACCAAAAUCUCGUAAUUCAAAACAGCAACAGCAGCAGCAACAACAACAACAACAGCAGCAGCAACAACAACAACAACAACAAAGCCCAACACAGCAGCAGCAACAUCAUAAGUUCAGUCCAUAUCAAGGAGUCACACAGUCUUCUCAGUUGGCUUUUCAGCAAAGUGUAAGGGGCCAGAUGAACCUUGGAGUACGUGGAGGCAUGCCAUCAGCUCCUCGUUACCCAGCCCCAAUCCAACGACCAGUAUCCUAUCAGCAAGGUGCGGGGUCACCGGGGAAUAACAUGAUGGGCAGUUCUGGUCGACACAGGCCUCAGCACAACUCAUCACAUGUGCCUCCAUCACGGCCACCACCAAACAUCAAUAAAAUGCAGACCAGCCAGCCUGGAGGGCAGCCAUAUUAUGGAGCUCAUGGAACAAACAUGAAGCUGGAACGUGGUUCUGAAGGCAAGCCUGAAUCAAAUCCUCAUGUAAGUAGUGAAAAUAAGAUGCCGGAUAGUAGUAAUGCCAACUCCACUAGCAGCAACAGCACCAGCAGCAGCAAUGGUAGUGGAGUCCCUGCAAGCACCAAACCAGCAACAGCCAGUAGUACGCAGCAGUCUGACUUGAAAUUGGCCACAGAAGCGGGGAAAGAUGAAACUACUGCUCCGACCUCUGAAUAACUGUUGUCGGUAUUUGGACAGGCAAGCUUCCUUAUCUGUUUAAAAUAAUUGUGCAUCACAUAUGUCCACUAAUUGAAAUUUCUGUACUCUUCGAACUUGUACUUCAGAUGCUCAUACUACUUGUAGUUAGAAGCGACUGAAAAAAAUUAGAAGUUGCAGGUUUAUUGGUAUUUUAAAGUAUGUGCUUGUACUAUCUGUCUCCAUUGGCACAUUUUGUAAGUUGACUGUGACUUUUCAAAAGAACAUCCAUGUGACAAACUUGUCUGAAAACAUGUAUCUUGUGAAUACCGUAGACAUUUCAGAUUUAAAGGUGAAUGUUGACAGAAAGCUUUGCAUACCACAGCAGUUUGUUUGCUCCUCCCAGCAUGCAGAUAUAACAUGCAGAAGUUGUUUGUGUUCCUCAUAUCUUCACUUACUGAUAAUCAAGUUGGUGGAAGUUACCAGUUACAGAUAAGAAGCUUUGAUUUACUUGUUUUAACAAGUGAGCUAAUGAAUGCACUACAGAUUAUCACCAUUUUAGGAUGUAAUCAUCAAAGUUGUGUUGGCAUAAAUGAAACAGAUAAACUUCUGAUUUUUAUGGAGUUGGUUGUUGGUUGCGCAAUUACAAUACAAGGAACUGAUUCAUAGUUCCAUCAGUAAAUAUUCUAUAAUGUUUACUUUAUUAAUAUCUGAAGACUUCGGAACUGUGAUCACAAACUGAAGGGGCAUGUUGCUUUAAUUCAAUCUUCCAGUAAAAUGUCUGUUCCACUCCAAUGAAAGAUUAAGAUGAAUAUUUUAGUGAACUUGAUUGUGAAAUGAGAACUUCCAUAAAAAUUGUUUUGAAAAGUUUCUUCGUCAAGAUUGAAAGAGUAACGUUUUAGACAAAUCUUACUGUCAUUUUUGUAUUUUUCUUUUUCGUAUUGCAUUGAGUAUGUAUGUUCCUGUUCUGUGCAUGUGUGUAAUACAUGAUGGACAGUGUGGUUCAGUUUGCAGCACAGUUACUUUGCAGGAGUAAUGU